GAGAUCUAAGUUUAAAACAGGAUACGAAACAGUCAGGAAACGAAGCCAAAGUGCUGGAGGCAAAAUAGAGAAGAAAUCAUUGAAGGAAGAUAUGUCCGAAGAAGGGGAGGAUGAAGAUAAAAAACCUUCUCCGAUAGAGGCAAGAAUAGCACAGUAUGAGAGACCCCUGAGUAAAGGAGUGAGAACAGGAUAUAAAGAGAAGAAGGAGAAAGAUCCUGAAAACCUGGCAAAAAGGAAAACGGAGAAAAAAGAGAGAUCACAGGUUCUGCGUGAGAAAAUGGUUAAAAUGAUUGAAUCGGGAUUACAACUUAGUGAAUAUCAGGCUCGGAAGGCAUUUGCUGUUUAUCUUCACUGCAUCCUACAGAGACUUUCAGAUUUUCAUCCUGAAAAUGGCGAUCAAAACCAGAUUGAUCUAGUUCUUAAAUUCCUACAGAAGGCUGCUCUGAGUUUACGUGAAUCCUAUUCCCUGAAGCCCCCCAGCACUAAGCUGAACGGGAAGGACCGCGCAGCGGUGGUGGCCAGCGAGCUCGGGGACUUCCUCGCACACUACAAGAAGGAGACUGAGAUGUUCACGGUCUUCAGGGAGGAGGCAGGGAUGAUACCUAGACAUAUCUUUGAAGAGUUCAUAGCAUUUGCCAGUGAUUCAGAUCUAGAAGAUGUGCUGACCCUUCAAACUAAACUAUACCGUUGUGCCCAUAUAUUCCUGGGUAAAUGUUUGCCGCCCGUCACCUCUAGAAGGAAUCCUCUACUAAGAACAGCCUAUGGUAUAUCUCCAGAUAGAAACCUGAGGGAUAGACAGUGUUCAAUGAGAAUGUCAGCUAGAGCUAACCCUCCUGUAUCUCCAAUGUAUCAUUUACCUGUACCCUCUCCCCCUCGCUGUAUAGAUAUACAGACCGGAGCAGGAGAAGAUGGUUUAACUGGAAAGGAAGGUGGCGGGGGAGGAGGAGGAGGAAGGGGAGGAGGUGGAGGGAAGGAUUCUAGAAGAAUAGAGGAAGGAGUUUAUCUUAGAGAAGGAUAUCCCCGGGUUGCCUCAGCGCCCCUGCAAUCCUAGCGAUAAGCUAAUUAGUAUCAAGCGAUUAGCUAAUUAGUAUCAUGAUUCAGUCCAAAACCUGCUCAGAAAAAUUGUAUCUUUUGUUGUAUCUACAGUGAGAACCAGAAAACUCUGAAAUAGGAAGACGACUUUUAGACUUAAGUUCAUUAAAAUCAGAAAUGUGCAGUGUAAACAGACCGUUUCACUUAAUAAGUGAUUUAUUUACUUACAAGUAGAGCUAUUCGGUUCCUCUUCCUAUUCCACAGUUUUGUGGUUCUUACUGCAUUUGGAUUUCCUUGACAUUUUUUUCUUCAAACAUGUUUAGACUUAAAUGAUUUAUCCGUAAUUAGAAAUUACUUUAAACAUUUGAAAGAACACAAAGUUUUGUUCGAAAUUGUGAACAGAUAGUUAGGCAUGUUUCACACACCUGAUAUCCCUCUCAAAGGCUAGGUGAAUUUCACAUAAAGCUUUAAGGUUACUUUUUUGCAGCCGUUUAUAAUCCCUAAACGUUUCUACGGUGAGAACCAGAAACCUCUGGAAUAAGAAGCAAUCUGAAAAUGUAUUUAAUGCUGCACUGUUGCAAAGUUUUACCACACACUUAAUAAAUCACUUAUUAGUGAAAUGGGUCUGUACAGUGUACAUUGUCGCGUGUCAUGUUCUUUGGACUAUUUACAAUCAUAGCUUAAGUCUAAAAGUCGUCUUUGUAUUCCACAGAAUUUUGGUUCUCACUGUGAAGGCAAAAACCGAACCAACUAAAUGCACACAUAACUAACUGUAGCUUACCUAAUUCGUUUCUCAAACAGUUCUAUUAAAUUGUUAAUAUUUAUUUUUUUUAAUUAACCCCUGUUAUUUACUCUCAGUGAAUGCCCCACCUAAAAAAUAUUUUCAAUUUAUAAAUUUCGAUUUUAUAAAUUCUUAUUGAUCGGCAAAGUUAGACCAAAGAGUUAACAAAAUCAUUGAUCUGGAAGAAUUAAUUCUAGGUUAAUUCAAGCCAAUAUUUCCAGAAUUGGGAACUUUUGAAUAUGCGCAUUAGAUUAAACUUUAACGGAUUAUCUCUUAAAAAAAAUUUUAAAUUAAAUAAAUUUUUUAUUUGGAAUUUUAGAUUUUUUGCUGUUGAUAACUUUUGUUUAAGUUUGUUUGCAUUAAUUGAAAAUGUUUAUUUUAACCUAUAUCAAUACAUACAAAACAGAAACUAAAUCCCUACCCUACCCAGGGCUGUUUUUUCAUCCGAAAGGGACUGUAAGCCCAAUUUCUAGUGACCGUUCAUGCAUAACAGUAUCCUUUAAAGCUUUGACUGAUCAAGGUAGAAUUAGAUAUCAACUUUUAUGAAUAAACAAUGAUUAUUUUCAAUUGUGGGUUCUCUGCACAACUUAAACCAAGAAAAAAGACAAUAUCCACAAAAAUAAAGGUU